GGGGUUCCAUUAUGAUAAAAGUUACCAGGAGGUGAUAUGUAGUAUGUUACAAUGGAGUAAUGGACUAUAGGCCAGUAAACUUUCAGCCUCCCACCUCCACGCCACCUAACUGCGCCAGUGUCACCCACGCUCCAUUGCACCAACACCGCCUAAUUCCACCUUGAGCUUGCUAUUUAAAUCGCAUCGCAACAAAUAAAUACCUUUUCAAACCACUCACUGAUGUCACAAAUAUGUUGCUUAAGUUCAAAGUUGUCCACUACUACCUUAUCCCACUAGUGUGCCUCGUGGUAUGGUGGGGCAUGCUCACAGCCCUCAUGGUGUGCUGGGUGGUGCAAAACAAACCACAGUAUUCGUGGAACACGGAAUAUCAGGUACCUCCAUACAUUAGUGACUUGGGUGCCACCAACCUCCAGCCACUAUUUAUUCUGUGCGCUGGGUUCCAGGCAAUCUUCUUUGUGGGAACCCUCACCAUGGAGUACUUUUUGCGCCGGUACAAGAAGCUUCAACCGUUUGUGCUGAAGAAACAGCCAUUGUUCAGCAUCAUUUCCAUCGUGUGUGCCAUUAUCGGCCAAUUGGGCAUUUUAUUUGUAUCCAUCUUCAAAACUACCCGCUUCCACCGUGUGCACUUGCUGAUGGUAGCGGUUUUCAUUGUGUUUUCCUUCUUCACGUGUGUGUUCAACUUUCUCAAUUCGUUUAUCUUUGGCUACUAUCCCACCCGGUUGAGUCCCAACCACGAAAAAGUCAUUUUCGGGACCCACCGAUGGGCCAAUCUCUACAUGGUGUCGUUUGUGCUUAAGACCUUCUGGUUGGUGGGGGCAGUGGUGUUUGCGGUGCUCUUUGGCUGGUACAUGAAAGACGACCACCCCAGUUUAUCAGCCGCAUUCGAGUGGACAAUUUCAUAUUGGUACGGGUUUCUCUUGGUGUUGUGGGCAAUCGACUUGUUCCCCAGUGCCGUCAAGCACUACCAGCUCCGGCACCCGGACCAGUAUCCGGAGAAGGAUUUGUCACAUAUUCACUUGGAUCCUAAUAACCCAGCGGAUUUGACCAAGUUGGAGGAGCGGUCGGUGCUGACCUUCGGGUCGCCUACGUUUGCCGGCCAGGAGUUGUAGGUGGACGUUGUAAAAUGUAUAUUAUAGAUAUAAUAAAUGCUUAGAAGUCGAAGACGAGCCUGAGAACCUCUAAAAGGGCACCUCCACAAACGAGGAACACCAACAAGGCUAUCCAUGCUUUGGGAAGUGGGUAUUCGACUUUGUCGGCAUCUUCCUUGAAUUGACCGGUUUGCUUGAGGGUGUUCUUUUUGCUGAACUUUUUGUUGGCCAAUCUCUGUUUUGGGCCAUGAUGUUAGUAUGAACGUGUAGGUUGUGGAUC